AUGAGGGAACUCAGCCUGCGAAAAGCUCGUAUCGUGAAGGUAUACAUUGCGGUAUUCGUUUGUAUGUCCACCAAAGCGGUGCACUUGGAACCAGUUUCUGCCCUGUCGACCGAGGUUUUUCGAUUAACGUUAGAUAGAUUCGUGGCUCGUCGUGGUCUACCGACGUCGAUCUACUCAGACUGUGGCACCAAUUUUGUCGGUGCAGCGAGGCAGCUGCGACAAUUAGUAAAUCAUCCGGAUAAUAGAGAUCAAUUAUCUGGUCAUAUUGCCUGCGUGUGGCAUUUCAACCCUCCUGGUGCUCCCCAUUUUGGAGGAAUUUGGGAAGCUGCAGUGAAGUCGGCUAAGGCAUUGCUUCUUCGUGCCAUGAACUCCCAAGUUUGGACGUUAGAAGAGUUUACCACGGUGUUAUGUCGAGUAGAGGCUGCUUUGAAUUCGCGCCCUCUAGUACCAGCAUCAUCUGAUCCGAAUGACCUGGAAUGCUUAACACCCGGUCAUUUUUUGAUUGGUCGUCCUCUGAUAUCGAUUCCGGAACCUGUGACUACCAGUACGCAAACAGGACUGCAGACUCGCUGGAAGCUCCUCCAGCAGUCUUUCCAGUUCUUUUGGCGACGUUGGUCCCAGGAAUAUCUAAAUACUCUCCAAGUUCGUGGAAAGUGGACCAAAGAUAGCAACAACGUCGAAGUUGGUAAUAUGGUGGUAGUAAAAAUUAGCGACACCUCCCCUCUAACGUGGCCUUUAGGUAGAGUGAUCGAGGUGUAUCCGGGCACAGAUAAGAUAGUGCGGGUGGCAAAGGUUAGGACCAACCAGGGAGUGUUCACUAGACCAGUUGUGAAGUUAGUACCGUUACCUACAGAUUUGUAG